GUCCGCUUCUCCAGUACCUCCUGGCGCCGCGCGGGGUCCGAGUCCUCACACCGCCCCCAGGUGCGCGGCCGCUGGGACUUGUUGGGGGCACCAGGGCAGACACGCCUGCUAUGGGAUGGAUGAAGAAGAGAACCACUAUGUCUCACAGCUCAGGGAAGUCUACAACAGUUGUGACACUACUGGGACAGGAUUUCUGGACCGAGACGAGUUGACCCAACUGUGCUGUAAGCUUCACCUGGAAAAGCAGCUGCCUAUACUCCUGCAGACUCUUCUUGGAAGCAACCACUUUGCCAGGGUUAACUUUGAGGAAUUUAAGGAAGGUUUUGUGGCUGUGCUGUCAUCCACUGUUGGUGUCGGCCCCUUAGAUGAAGAGAGUAGUUCUUUGGAAUCAGCUGCCUCUUGUGCCGUCCCACCAAAAUAUGUGAGUGGCUCUAAGUGGUAUGGCCGUCGGAGCCGGCCUGAGCGAUGGGACUCUGCCGCUGAAGCCAAAUACGUACCAGAGCAGCAAGCCAAGGCCAGCCUGAAGAGCCAGCUCCGACGUUCUGCAUCUCUGGAAAGUGUGGAGAGUCUCAAGUCAGAUGAAGAAGCCGAGAGUGCUAAAGAGACUCAAAAUGAAUUAUUUGAAGCACAAGGCCAGCUGCAAACCUGGAGUUCUGAGGUCUUUGGGAGCUCCCAAAAGCCCUGCAGUCCCUCCUUGGACUCACCUGAGAGGCAGGUACGGGGCAUCUGGGAAGAGUUGGGGGUUGGCAGCAGUGGCCACCUGAAUGAGCAGGAAUUGGCUGUGGUCUGCCAGAGCAUCGGACUCCAUGGACUUGAGAAAGAGGAACUUGAAGACCUGUUUAACAAACUGGAUCAGGAUGGAGAUGGCAGAGUGAGUCUUGCGGAAUUCCAAGUUGGCCUGUUCAGUCAUGAGCCUGCUUCACUUCUGGAAUCUUCUACCCUGCUCAAAUCAAACAAGCCCUGGUCUCAUUGUCAGGUCCCAACAGAGAAUGGCUGCCACACUACCCCUACCACUUCGUCCCUUGUGUCUGUGUGCUCAGGCCUGCGCUUCUUCUCCAAUGUUGAUGAUGGUAGUGGCUUUGCCUUUCCUGAGCAGAUCAUCACCACCUGGGCACAGGAAGGGAUUCAGAAUGGCAGGGAAAUCUUGCAGAGCCUGGACUUCAGCAUGGAUGAGAAGGUGAAUCUUUUGGAGUUGACCUGGGCCCUCGACAAUGAGCUCCUGACAGUUGAUGGUGUUGUCCAGCAGGCAGCCCUGGCCUGCUACCGUCAGGAGCUGAGCUACCACCUAACACAAGUGGAACAGUUGGUGCAGGAGAGAGACAAGGCAAGACAGGACCUAGAGAGAGCCGAGAAGAGGAAUCUGGAGUUUGUGAAAGAGAUGGAUGACUGCCACUCUGCCCUGGAGCAGCUGACAGAGAAGAAAAUCAAGAACCUGGAGGAGGGGUACAGGGGAAGGCUGAGUCUCUUGCGCUCAGAGGUGGAGAUGGAGCAGGAGCUGAUGUGGGAGCAGGCCUGCAGGCAGAAGGCUGCACUGGAGCAAGAUGUGAGCCGCUUGAGGGCUGAGGAGGCCAGCCUCCAUGAGAAGCUCACCCUGGCCCUAAAGGAAAACAGUCGAUUACAGAAGGAGAUUGUGGAAGUGGUGGAAAAGCUUUCAGAUUCAGAGAAACUAGUCCUGAAACUACAGAACGACCUGGAGUUUGUGCUGAAAGACAAGCUGGAGCCACAGAACAUGGAGCUGCCAUCCCAGGAAGAGCAGUUUGCAGUACUCCUGAAGGAAUAUGAGCUCAAGUGCCGGGAUCUGCAAGAUUGCAAUGAUGAGCUACAAGCUGAGCUGGAAGGCCUGCGGGCACAACUGCCUGAGAGUUGGCAGAGCCCCUCAGAGGACCUGGGCACCCAUGGACAGAGGGUCUCUGGACGUGGCCCAGCAGGCAUUUUGUCUGUGGGUGAUUCCACUCCAAUGAGUAUAGAAACGGAGAUAAUGAUGGAGCAGGUGAAGGAACGUUACCAAGAUCUCAAGAUCCAGCUGGAGACCAAGGUAAAUUACUAUGAGACGGAAAUUGAGGUCAUGAAGAGAAACUUUCAGAAGGAGAGAAAGGAGAUGGAGCAGGCUCACCAGCUUGAGGUUUGCACAUUGGAAAGCCAGAAAGCAGACCUGGAAGCAUUGUAUAUCAAGUCUCAGGAGGUCAUCCUGGGCCUUCGGGAGCAGCUGCAGGAUGCAACUCAUGGCCCUAAGCCUGGGCAGACUGGGCUGGAACAGUGCUGUGCGCAGGUGCUGUGUGGCCUGGCCCAGCAACUGAAGGAGGAGCUGCAGCUGAGGCACCAGAACCAACUACAGCAGAUAAGAAUCGAGUUUCAGAGGCUUUCUGAAGAAAACAUAUUGUUGAAAAAUGAUCUGGGAAGGAUUCAGCAGGAACUUGAAGCUGCAGAGAGCACAAAUGAUGCACAGAGAAAGGAAAUUGAAGAUUUAAAGAGAGACAAAGAAAAGACCUGCCUUGAAAUGGAAGAACUCAACAUACAGAUUCAGAAAUACAAGGAUGAAUUGUCACAGCUCAACUGCAGAGUCCUUCAGCUGGAAGGAGAUGCUUCUACACAUCAGGCCCAAAAGGAGAAGAAUCACAUUGCCAUUCAGCUGUUAAGGCAGAGGCUGGAGGAGGCAAGGCGCCGGGAGGAGCAGCAGGAUAACCAAAUCAAAAAACUUGAAGUUGAACUUCAACACGUGAAUCAGGAAUGUCAGAAUCUGAGGCUGUCACAGUCAGAGCUGACAGUGAGCCUUGAAGAAAGUCAAGAACAGUUACACAGCGCCCAUCUGAGGCUGAAGGCAGCCCAAUCCCAGCAUGCACAGGAGGUUCAGCACCUGCAGGAGCAGAAGAGCCAGCUAGUGCCUAGGGCCCGUGUGACUGAGCUGCAGCACCUACUCAACGUCCAAGAAAAGGAGGCUGGGAGACGACUGGAUGCACAGAGAGAAGAACAUGAAAGGCAGAUGAAAACCAAGGAAGGGCAGGCCAAAGAGGCAGAGAUGUACUUGCAGAAUGUAGAAUGGCUCCUACAAGAGAAGGUGGAUGAGCUGAGAGAACAAUUCAAAAAGAACACUAAAUCUGAUCUGCUGCUCAAGGAACUCUAUGUGGAAAAUGCUCACCUCAUGAAGGCUCUUCAGGUCACAGAAGAGAAGCAACGAGGUGCUGAGAGCAAAAACCGCAUUUUGGAAGAAAAAGUCCAUGCUCUCAACAAACUUAUCAAUAAGAUUGCCCUAGCAUCCCUCUCUGUGUAAAUACUGCUGGUUUCCUAGAAUUCAUUCUAAGGAAUGUUUUCUGUUUUUGCAGUACUGGGGAUUGAACCAAGGGGUGCUCUAUCACUGAAAAACAUCUCC